AACUGAGCUAAUAGGAGGAAUGAAAUAAUAAAAAUUAUUUAAUCCAGAAGAAGCCAAGAGAGGAAAAGAAAGGGAACCUAGAAGAGGCCAGGCAGAUAGAAAGGGUUUAAGAAGAUGAUAAUUUAAAUGCCAAUAUAUUAGUAAUUACGGGACAUGAAAUGGGCUAAAUGCUCUAGUUCAAAGGCAAAGAUUGUUGGAUGGAGUUUUAAAAUAUUACAGCCUGAGAGCCUGUCCACUGUGGGGCGUGAUGGAGGGUUGCUCAUUUGCUGCGCUGCCACUGGUCACUUGAGAAGGUUCCAGAAGUUCCAUGGCAGUUGGAGCCCCUCAGGGAAGGGAGCCGUUUGCUUUACUGGUCUGGGAAAGAGCUGCCCAUCAGUUUGUCCUGCUUGAGACUGGAGCAGCCGUUUGCCGUCAGGUGACCGCGGGUGGUGUAAGGAAACGUCAAGAUGACGAUUACACCAGAUGUCAGACUAGAGUAUUUGGAGGGAAUAGCUUCUCUCAUCCUGAAGUUCAAGCCGGACAAGUGGAGCAGGAUGAUUGGAAUGGAAGAGAACGUGGCCUUGUUCACCGAGUUCUUCGAGAAGCCGGAAGUCUCGGUCCUGGUGAUGACGCUCCAUCCCUCGGGCAUGAUCCUUCCCUGCCUGGGCUUCCCAGCGUCGCUCAAGUCCAAAGGAGUUUACUUCAUCAAGAAGAAACCUGAAAACAUCAGCAAGAGCGACUACAAGGACCGUUUCAUCUACGGGGACAUAAGCCCGGCACCUGUGGACCAGCUGAUUGCGAUCGUGGAGGAGGUCCUCUACUCUCUGUUGAACCAAAGUGAAAACAUGAGCGGAUGGCCCCGGGUGGUCUCCGAAGACAUUGUGAAGCAAGUCCACAAGCUGAAGAACGAAAUGUUCGUGAUGGGGGGCAAGAUCCGAGGGAAGACCCUGCUCCCCGUUCCAGAGCACCUGCGGAGCCUGCACGGCACGCGGGAGUCCAUGGAGAGGAUUCCCGCUUCCCUGGACAGCUCGCUGCUGCACGCCAUCGAAACCAUCAUCAUCGACUGGUCCCACCAGAUCAGAGACGUGCUGAGCAAGGACUCAGCCCAGGCCCUGCUGGACGGGCUGCACCCCCUGCCCCGAGUGGAGUUCGAGUUCUGGGACGCCCGGCUCAUGAACCUGCAGUGCAUCCAUGAGCAGCUAAAUAGGCCCAAAGUGAACAAAAUAGUUGAGAUCCUGGAAAAAGCCAAAAGCUGCUACUGGCCAGCCCUGCAGAACGUGUAUAUGAACAUCACUGAAGGGCUGAAGGAAGCCAACGAUAUUGUUCUGUAUCUGAAGCCGCUGCGGAUCUUGUUGGAGGAGAUGGAGCAGGCCGACUUCACGGUGCUCCCGACCUUCAUUGCCAAGGUGCUGUACACCAUCUGCUUUAUCUGGGCCACCUCCGAGCACUAUAACACACCCUCCAGGAUCAUCGUCAUCCUUCAGGAGUUCUGCAACCAGAUCAUCGAGAUGACACGAACUUUCCUGAGCCCAGACGAGGUGCUGAAAGGCCUGCAAGGGGAAAUCGAGGAGGUUCUGAGCGGCAUCUCCCUGGCUGUGAAUGUUCUCAAGGAGCUCUACCGCAUCUAUGACUUCUGCUGCGCCAACAUGAAGCUCUUCUUUAAGAAAAACAAGGAGCCGGUGCCUUGGGAAUUCCCUUCUUCCCUUGCAUUUUCCAGGAUGAAUUCCUUCUUCCAUCGCCUCCAGACCAUUGAGGUAAAGGUGGAAUUUGCUAUUGAGUUUCUGAAGCUAGAGAAAAUCGAGCUUGGGGGCGUGAGGGGGAACAUCCUGGGAAGCCUGGUCACGCACAUCUACGAUGAGGUCUUCGAGCUGGUGAAGGUUUUUGCUGACUGCAAAUAUGACCCCUUGGACCCUGGCGAUUUGAGUUUUGAUGACGAUUACGCUGAUUUUGAGACCAAAAUUCAAGAUCUGGAUAGGCGGCUGGCCACGAUCUUUUGCCAAGCGUUUGACGACUGCGGCUCCAUUGAGUCCUGCUCAAAGCUCCUGUACAUGUGUGGGGGCCUCUUGGAGCGGCCUCUGAUUCUUGCCGAGGUGGUACCCAGGUACUCAGUCAUGCUGGAGCUGUUUGAUGCUGAGCUGGACAACACCAAGGUCUUGUAUGAUGCCCAGAUUGCAGCCUCUGCAAACGGGAAUAUACCCCCAAUCCACAAAAACAUGCCCGCAGUGGCCGGGCAGCUCAAAUGGAGCCUGGAGCUGCAGGAGAGGCUGGAGACCCCCAUGAAGGACCUAAAGCAUGUAGAGCACCCGGUCAUGUCCAGCGUGGAGGCCAAGCUGACCUACCAGAAAUACGACGAGAUGAUGGAGCUGCUGAGAAGCUACCGAGAGAAGAUCUACCAGCAGUGGGUGGCAGGAGUGGACAAAGAUUGCCACUUCAACCUGGGGCAGCCCCUGAUACAGAGGGACCCCAUCACAAACCUCAUCCAGGUCAACUUCAGCAAAGCGUUGGUGGCUGUUCUGAGAGAAGUCAAGUACUUGAACUUCCAGGAACAAAAAGAGAUCCCAGGCAGCGCCGAGAAUCUGUUCUCGCAGCACGAAACCUUCCGGAAGUUUGUGGGCAACUUGGAGCUCAUCGUCGGCUGGUAUAAUGAGAUAAAGACCACUGUGAUGGACGUAGAAUUCCCACUAGUGAAGUCGGAGUUGGAAGCAAUCGAUGUGAAGUUACUGAGCGCUGAAACGACGUUGUUCUGGAACGGGGAAGGGGUGUUUGAAUAUAUUCAAGAGAUGCGAGAAAUUCUGUAUAACUUGCAGAACAGGAUGCAAAAAGCAAAGCAGAAUAUAGAUGGAAUUUCCCAGGCCAUGAAGGAUUGGUCUGCCAACCCAAUGUUUGAGAGAAAGGACAACAAGAAAGAGGCUCUGUUGGACUUGGAUGGAAGGAUGCUCAAUCUCAACAGACGCUACGCUGCGGUCAAGGAUGCUGGCCAGAAGAUCCAAGCCAUGGUUGCAGAGAACGCAGAGCUGUUCAGAGCGGACACAGCGAGCUACUCCUGGAAAGACUACGUCAACCACAUCGACGGCAUGGUCUUGGAGGAAUUUGACCACUUCAUCCGCAAAUCCCUGAACUACCUGAUAGACAACAUGGUUACAGAUGAGAGUGUGGCACCGCUGUUUGAGGUCCGCAUGGAGCUGGAAGAGGAUGGGCUGGUCUUCAGUCCGUCCCUGGAGAUGGGUGGGACCCGUGGCUUCCUGGCGCUGAUCGAGAGCCUGAUCAAUGACAUCUACAAUGUCGCCAAGCUCAUCCCCCGACUGGCCAAGGGCAGAAUGAGCUACAAGACGGACCUGGAAGACGUUACUGACCUGAUAGAGAUGAGGGAGGAGGUGUCCAACCUGGUUAUCACUGCCAUGAAGGCGGCCGAGGAGUACCAGGACUCCUUCGAGAGGUACUCCUAUCUCUGGACGGACGACCCCCAGGAGUUCAUGAAGAACUUCCUGAUCUACGGGCGUGCGGUCACCCCGGAGGACUUGGACGGCCGGGCCGAAAUGUCCCUUCCCAAGACCCCACCCACGCUCGCCCAGUUCCAGCAGCAGAUCGACUCGUAUGAGAAGCUGUACGAGGAGGUGUCCAGGAGCGAGAACACCAAGGUGUUCAGCGGCUGGCUGCAGGGCGACUGCCGCCCCUUCAAGCAGGCCCUCCUGAGCACCGUCAAGCGCUGGAGCUUCAUGUUCAAGCGACACCUGAGCAACCACGUCAUCAACAGCCUCGCCGACCUGGAAGCCUUCAUGAAAGUUGCCAGGACUGGCCUAACGAAGCCCCUCAAGGAGGGGGACUAUGACGGCCUUGUGGAGGUUAUGGGCCAUCUGAUGAAGGUCAAGGAGAGGCAGGCGGCGACUGACUCCAUGUUUGAACCCCUGAAGCAGACCAUCGAGCUGCUCAAGACCUACGGGGAGGAGAUCCCCGAGGAAACGCACGCGAAGCUGCAGGAACUGCCAGAGCAGUGGACAAACACCAAGAAACUGGCCAUCCAGGUGAAGCAGAACGUGGCGCCCCUCCAGGCCAACGAGGUCAACAUCCUGAGGCGGAAGUGCCAGCAAUUCGAGCUGAAGCAGCACGAGUUCAGAGAGAAGUUCAGGCGAGAAGCCCCCUUCUCCUUCAGUGACCCCGACCCCUACAAGUCCCUGAACAAGCAACAAAAGAGCAUCGCGGCCAUGGAGGGCAUCAUGGAGGCGCUGUGCAAGUCUGGGAGCCUGUUCGAGGUCACAGUCCCAGAUUACAAGCAGCUCAAAGCUUGUCACAAAGAGGUCCGCCUGCUGAAGGAGCUCUGGGACAUGAUCGUCAUGGUAAAUACCAGCAUCGACGACUGGAAGACCACCAAGUGGAAAAACAUCAAUGUUGAGCAGAUGGACAUAGAUUGUAAGAAGUUUGCCAAAGAUGUGAGGUCUUUGGACAAGGAGAUGAAAUCCUGGGAUGCCUUCGUGGGGCUGGACAACACGGUGAAGAACAUGAUCACGUCCCUGCGCGCCGUGAGCGAGCUGCAGAACCCCGCCAUCCGGGACCGCCACUGGCAACAACUCAUGCAGGCCACACAGGUGAAAUUUGAAAUGUCAGAUGAGACCACCCUGGCGGAUUUACUCCAGCUGAACCUACACAACUACGAGGAUGAGGUCCGAAAUAUCGUGGACAAAGCUGUGAAGGAGUCCGGGAUGGAGAAGGUGCUGAAAGCCCUGGAUAGUACCUGGUCCACCAUGGAGUUUGAGCACGAGCCGCACCCGCGAACGGGCACCAUGAUGCUCAAGUCAGACGAGGUGCUGGUGGAGACGCUGGAGGACAACCAGGUGCAGCUGCAGAACCUGAUGAUGUCCAAGUACCUGUCCCACUUCCUGAAGGAGGUGACGAGCUGGCAGCAGAAACUGUCCACGGCAGACUCGGUCAUCUCCAUCUGGUUUGAGGUCCAAAGAACCUGGAGCCACCUGGAGAGCAUCUUCAUUGGCUCUGAAGACAUCCGUGCCCAGCUGCCGGAGGACUCCAAGCGCUUUGACGAAAUCGACCUGGAAUUCAAGGCCUUGAUGGCAGAUGCAGUGAAAACGCCAAACGUGGUGGAAGCCACCAACAAACCGGGUCUCUACAACAAACUCGAGCACCUGAAGAAGAACUUGGCCGUGUGUGAAAAGGCCUUGGCGGAAUAUCUAGAGACAAAAAGACUGGCUUUCCCAAGAUUCUACUUCGUCUCCUCGGCUGACCUCCUGGACAUUCUCUCCAAUGGGAAUGACCCCGUGGAGGUGAGCCGCCACCUGUCCAAGCUCUUCGACAGCCUGUGUAAACUGAAGUUCCGACUCGAUGCCAGUGGGAAGCCUCUCAAAUUCGGCCUGGGCAUGUACAGCAAGGAGGACGAGUAUGUGGAUUUUGAUCGAGAGUGUGACCUCUCAGGGCAGGUAGAGGUCUGGCUGAACCGGGUGCUGGACCGAAUGUGCGCCACGCUCCGACACGAGAUCCCGGAAGCCGUGGUGACGUACGAGGAGAAGCCGAGGGAGCAGUGGAUCUUUGACUACCCAGCCCAGAUUGCGCUCACGUGCACUCAGAUCUGGUGGACCACCGAGGUGGGCCUGGCGUUUUCCAGGCUGGAGGAAGGCUACGAAAAUGCCAUCAAAGACUACAACAAAAAGCAGAUCAGUCAGCUGAAUGCGCUCAUCACCCUGCUCAUCGGAAACCUCAGUGCAGGCGACAGGAUGAAGAUCAUGACCAUCUGCACCAUCGACGUGCACGCCCGGGACGUGGUAGCCAAAAUGAUCCUGGCCAAGGUGGAGAGCUCCCAGGCCUUCACCUGGCAGUCCCAGCUGCGGCAUCGCUGGGACGAGGAGAAACACCACUGCUUUGCCAACAUCUGUGAUGCCCAAAUCCAGUAUUCGUAUGAGUACCUGGGCAAUACGCCGCGGCUGGUCAUCACCCCGCUCACCGACAGGUGCUACAUAACCUUGACCCAGUCCCUCCACCUGAUCAUGGGCGGAGCGCCCGCUGGCCCCGCUGGGACCGGCAAGACAGAGACAACCAAGGACCUGGGCAGAGCCCUGGGCACCAUGGUGUACGUCUUCAACUGUUCCGAGCAGAUGGACUACAAGUCCUGUGGAAACAUCUACAAGGGCCUAGCGCAAACUGGGGCCUGGGGCUGCUUCGAUGAGUUUAACCGGAUCUCGGUGGAAGUCCUGUCCGUGAUUGCCGUCCAGGUAAAGUGUGUCCAAGAUGCAAUUCGGGCCAAGAAAAAGACUUUUAAUUUCCUGGGAGAGACAAUAAGUCUCAUCCCCACGGUCGGCAUCUUCAUCACCAUGAACCCUGGGUACGCGGGACGCACGGAGCUGCCCGAGAACUUAAAGGCCUUAUUCCGGCCCUGUGCUAUGGUGGUCCCCGACUUUGAGCUGAUAUGCGAGAUCAUGCUGGUGGCCGAGGGCUUUCUGGAAGCCCGCCUGCUGGCCAGGAAGUUCAUCACACUCUACACCUUGUGCAAAGAGCUGCUCUCGAAGCAGGAUCAUUAUGACUGGGGCUUGCGAGCCAUCAAGUCCGUGCUGGUGGUGGCUGGCUCCCUGAAGAGGGGCGACCCCAGCCGGGCAGAGGACCAGGUGCUCAUGAGGGCACUGAGGGACUUCAACAUCCCCAAGAUCGUGACCGACGACCUGCCCGUGUUCAUGGGGCUGAUCGGGGACCUCUUCCCAGCCCUGGACGUGCCUCGGAAACGGGACCUGAACUUUGAAAAGAUCAUCAAGCAGAGCGUUGUGGAGCUCAAGCUGCAGGCAGAGGACAGCUUCGUGCUGAAGGUCGUGCAGCUGGAGGAGCUGUUGCAGGUCCGGCACUCCGUGUUCGUCAUCGGGAACGCAGGCAGCGGCAAGUCUCAGGUCCUCAGGUCGCUCAACAAGACCUAUCAGAACCUGAAGAGGAAGCCGGUCGCCGUGGACCUGGACCCCAAGGCCGUCACCUGCGACGAGCUCUUUGGCAUCAUCAACCCGGCGACCAGGGAAUGGAAAGACGGCCUUUUCUCCACCAUAAUGCGGGACCUGGCCAACAUCACUCACGAUGGCCCCAAGUGGAUCGUCCUGGAUGGGGACAUAGACCCCAUGUGGAUUGAAUCUCUCAACACUGUCAUGGAUGACAACAAGGUCCUCACCCUGGCCAGCAACGAGCGGAUCCCCCUGAACCGCACCAUGAGGCUGGUGUUCGAGAUCAGCCACCUGAGGACAGCCACCCCGGCCACCGUCUCCAGAGCUGGCAUCCUCUACAUCAACCCUGCUGACCUAGGCUGGAACCCGGUGGUGAGCAGCUGGAUUGAGAGGCGCAAGGUGCAGUCGGAGAAGGCCAACCUGAUGAUCCUCUUCGACAAGUACCUGCCCACGUGCCUAGACAAGCUGCGCUUUGGGUUCAAGAAGAUCACGCCGGUGCCCGAGGUCACGGUCGUCCAGAUGAUCCUGUACCUGCUCGAGUGCCUGCUCACGGAGAAGAACGCGCCGCCCGACUCCCCCAAGGAGCUCUACGAGCUCUACUUCGUGUUCGCCUGCUUCUGGGCCUUCGGCGGCGCCAUGUUCCAGGACCAGCUCAUAGAUUAUCGAGUCGAGUUCAGCAGAUGGUGGAUCAACGAGUUUAAAACGAUCAAGUUCCCCUCGCAGGGGACCAUCUUUGACUACUACAUAGACCCUGACACCAAAAAGUUCCUGCCGUGGACGGACAAAGUGCCCGCCUUCGAGCUGGACCCCGACGUCCCACUGCAGGCCUCUCUGGUGCACACCAUCGAGACCAUCCGCAUCCGCUACUUCAUGGACUUACUCAUGGAGAAGUCGUGGCCGGUGAUGCUGGUGGGGAAUGCGGGCACGGGCAAGUCGGUGCUGAUGGGAGACAAGCUGGACAGCCUGGACAGCGACAGCUACCUGGUGCAGGCUGUGCCCUUCAACUUCUACACCACCUCAGCCAUGCUGCAGGGGGUUCUGGAGAAGCCGCUGGAGAAGAAGUCAGGGAGGAACUAUGGGCCACCAGGCACCAAGAAGCUAAUCUACUUCAUCGACGACAUGAACAUGCCGGAGGUGGACAAGUACGGGACGGUGGCCCCCCACACACUCAUCCGGCAGCACAUGGACCAUGGGCACUGGUAUGACAGACAGAAGCUGACACUGAAAGAUGUCCAUAACUGCCAGUAUGUGGCGUGCAUGAAUCCCACUUCUGGAUCCUUCACCAUCGACCCCAGGCUUCAGCGCCACUUCUGCGUGUUUGCCGUGAGCUUCCCGGGCCAGGAGGCCCUCGCGACCAUCUACAACACGAUCCUGUCCCAGCACCUGGCCUUUCGCUCGGUCCCCAUGGUGGUUCAGAGGAUGAGCAACCAGCUGGUGGCCUCGGCCCUGGCCCUGCAUCAGAAGGUCACAACGACAUUUCUUCCUACCGCCAUUAAGUUUCACUAUGUCUUCAACCUCAGGGACCUCUCCAAUAUUUUCCAGGGCCUCUUAUUCUCCACAGCAGAGGUCCUGAAAACCCCGCUUGACCUCGUUCGCCUCUGGCUGCAUGAAGCUGAAAGAGUGUACGGUGACAAAAUGGUUGAGGAAAAAGACCAGGAAAUAUUGCGCAGAAUCACCAUUGCUUCCACCAAGAAAUUCUUUGAUGAUCUUGGCGAUGAGCUCUUAUUUGCCAAACCAAAUAUCUUCUGCCACUUUGCUCAAGGGAUCGGCGAUCCCAAAUACUUCUCGGUAACUGACACGGCUCACCUGAACAAGCUCCUAGUGGACGUCCUGGACAGUUACAACGAAGUCAAUGCGGUCAUGAACUUGGUGCUGUUUGAAGACGCCGUGGCUCACAUCUGCAGGAUCAAUCGCAUCCUGGAGUCUCCCCGGGGUAACGCCCUGCUGGUGGGGGUGGGCGGCAGCGGCAAGCAGAGCCUCUCGCGCCUGGCCGCGUACAUCAGCGCCCUGGAUGUGUUUCAGAUCACCCUCAAGAAGGGCUACGGGAUCCCGGACCUCAAGCUUGACCUGGCGGCGCAGUACAUGAAGUCGGCUGUGAAGAACGUCCCCUCCGUGUUCCUGAUGACGGACUCCCAGGUGGCGGAGGAGCAGUUUCUGGUGCUGAUCAACGACCUGCUGGCCUCGGGGGAGAUCCCAGGGCUGUUCCUGGAGGACGAGGUGGAGAACAUCAUUUCCUCCAUGCGACCGCAAGUGAAGUCCCUCGGCAUGGCCGACACUCGGGAAGCGUGCUGGAAAUUCUUCAUCGAAAAAGUGCGCAGGCAGCUCAAGGUGAUUCUGUGUUUCUCUCCCGUGGGCUCUGUCCUACGUGUUCGAGCAAGAAAAUUCCCUGCCGUGGUCAACUGCACGGCCAUCGACUGGUUCCACGAGUGGCCGGAAGAUGCCCUGGUGUCGGUCAGCGCCCGCUUCCUGGAGGAGACGGAGGGCAUUCGGCCAGAAGUCAAGACCUCCAUCAGCCUGUUCAUGUCCUACGUGCACACGACCGUCAACGAGAUGUCCAAGGUGUACCUGGCCACCGAGCGGCGCUACAACUACACCACGCCCAAGACGUUUCUGGAGCAGAUCAAGCUCUACCAGAACCUGCUGGCCAAGAAGAGGAUGGAGCUGGUCGCCAAAAUCGAGAGGCUGGAAAACGGCCUGAUGAAACUGCAGAGCACAGCUUCUCAGGUGGAUGAUUUAAAAGCCAAGCUGGCGAUUCAGGAGACUGAGCUCAAGCAGAAAAAUGAGAAUGCGGACAAGCUGAUCCACGUGGUGGGUGUGGAAACCGAGAAAGUCAGCAAAGAGAAAGCCAUUGCUGACGAGGAAGAGAUCAAGGUGGAGGUCAUCAACAAGAAUGUCACUGAGAAACAAAAGGCCUGUGAAACGGACCUGGCCAAGGCAGAGCCGGCCCUGCUGGCCGCGCAGGAAGCUCUUGACACUCUGAACAAGAACAACCUGACAGAGCUGAAGUCCUUCGGGUCCCCCCCGGAUGCCGUGGUCAACGUCACGGCCGCCGUCAUGAUCCUCACUGCGCCCGGGGGCAAGAUCCCCAAGGACAAGAGCUGGAAAGCUGCGAAAAUCAUGAUGGGCAAAGUGGACACCUUCCUGGACUCCUUGAAAAAGUUCGACAAGGAGCACAUCCCUGAGGCCUGCCUGAAAGCGUUUAAGCCCUACCAAGGCAACCCGACGUUUGACCCCGAGUUCAUCCGCUCCAAGUCCACGGCCGCCGCGGGCCUCUGCUCCUGGUGCAUCAACAUCGUCCGCUUCUAUGAGGUGUACUGCGAUGUGGCCCCCAAGAGGCAGGCCCUGGAGGAGGCGAACGCAGAGCUGGCUGAGGCGCAGGAGAAGCUCUCUCGCAUCAAAAACAAGAUCGCUGAACUCAACGCCAACCUGAGCAACUUAACGUCGGCAUUUGAAAAAGCGACAGCUGAGAAAAUCAAGUGCCAACAGGAGGCCGAUGCCACCAACAGGGUGAUCUCGCUGGCCAACAGGCUGGUAGGAGGACUGGCGUCAGAAAAUGUCCGCUGGGCUGAAUCGGUGGAGAACUUCAAAAGCCAGGGGAUCACUCUGUGUGGGGACGUCCUGCUGAUUUCUGCCUUUGUCUCCUACGUGGGCUACUUCACCAAGAAAUACCGAAAUGAGCUGAUGGAUAAAUUUUGGAUCCCUUAUAUAAAUAAACUAAAGGUCCCCAUCCCGAUCACGGAGGGUCUGGAUCCCUUGAGUCUGCUGACCGAUGAUGCAGACGUGGCCACUUGGAACAACCAGGGCCUCCCCAGUGACCGCAUGUCCACUGAGAACGCCACCAUCCUGUGCAACACGGAGCGCUGGCCCCUCAUCGUGGACGCCCAGCUGCAAGGCAUCAAGUGGAUCAAAAACAAAUACGGCGAGGAGCUGAAAGCCAUCCGCCUGGGACAGAAGAGCUACCUGGACAUCAUCGAGCAGGCCAUUUCAGAAGGGGACAUCUUGCUCAUCGAGAACAUUGGCGAAACUGUGGACCCCGUGCUGGACCCUCUACUGGGCAGGAACACAAUUAAAAAGGGAAAGUUCAUUAAGAUCGGCGACAAGGAGGUGGAGUACCACCCCAAGUUCCGCCUGAUCCUGCACACCAAGUACUUCAACCCCCACUACAAGCCCGAGAUGCAGGCCCAGUGCACCCUGAUCAACUUCCUGGUCACCAGGGACGGGCUUGAGGACCAGCUCCUGGCCGCCGUGGUGGCCAAAGAGCGCCCGGACCUUGAGCAGCUGAAGGCGAACCUCACCAAGUCCCAAAACGAGUUUAAGAUUGUACUGAAAGAGCUGGAAGACUCUCUGCUGGCCCGUCUGUCGGCCGCAUCGGGGAACUUUCUGGGAGACACUGCCUUGGUGGAGAACCUGGAGACCACCAAACACACGGCCAGCGAGAUCGAGGAGAAGGUGCAAGAGGCGAAAAUCACCGAAGUGAAAAUCAAUGAGGCGAGAGAGAACUACCGGCCGGCUGCGGAGAGGGCGUCCCUACUGUACUUCAUCCUGAACGACCUCAGCAAGAUCAACCCCAUCUACCAGUUCUCGCUCAAGGCCUUCAACGUGGUGUUUGAGAAGGCCAUCCAGAGGACCAUCCCCGCCGAGGAAGUGAAACAGCGCGUGAUCAACCUGACGGACGAGAUCACCUAUUCCGUCUACAUGUACACGGCCCGCGGGCUCUUCGAGCGAGACAAACUCAUCUUCCUGGCACAGGUUACGUUUCAGGUCUUGUCCAUGAAGAAGGAGCUGAACCCAGUCGAGCUGGAUUUCCUCCUGCGGUUCCCUUUCAAGGCCGGGGUCGUGUCGCCAGUGGACUUCCUGCAGCACCAGGGAUGGGGAGGCAUCAAGGCCCUCUCGGAGAUGGAUGAGUUCAAAAACCUGGAUAAUGACAUUGAGGGAUCGGCCAAGCGGUGGAAGAAGCUUGUGGAGUCGGAAGCCCCAGAGAAGGAAAUCUUCCCCAAGGAGUGGAAGAACAAGACGGCUUUGCAGAAGCUCUGCAUGGUGAGGUGCAUGAGGCCGGACCGCAUGACCUACGCCGUCAAGAACUUCGUGGAGGAGAAGAUGGGCAGCAAGUUUGUGGAGGGCCGGAGCGUUGAGUUUUCCAAGUCCUACGAGGAGAGCAGCCCCUCCACUCCAAUCUUCUUCAUCCUUUCCCCGGGAGUUGACCCCUUGAAAGACGUGGAAGCCCUGGGGAAAAAAUUGGGAUUUACCAUAGACAAUGGGAAACUCCACAACGUGUCCCUGGGGCAGGGACAGGAGGUGGUGGCUGAGAAUGCUCUGGAUGUGGCUGCAGAGAGGGGACACUGGGUCAUUCUGCAGAACAUCCACCUGGUGGCCCGGUGGCUAAGCACCCUGGACAAGAAGGUGGAGCGGUACAGCACAGGCAGCCAUGAGGACUACCGCGUGUUCAUCAGCGCCGAGCCCGCCCCCAGCCCCGAGUCCCACAUCAUCCCCCAGGGUAUCCUGGAGAACGCCAUCAAAAUCACCAACGAGCCGCCCACGGGCAUGUACGCCAACCUGCACAAGGCCCUGGACCUCUUCACCCAGGACACCCUGGAGAUGUGCACCAAGGAGAUCGAGUUCAAGUGCAUUCUCUUCGCCCUGUGCUACUUCCAUGCUGUGGUGGCCGAGCGGCGCAAGUUUGGGGCCCAGGGCUGGAACAGGUCGUACCCCUUCAACAACGGAGACCUCACCAUCUCCAUCAACGUGCUCUACAACUACCUGGAGGCCAACACCAAGGUGCCCUGGGACGACCUCCGCUACCUCUUUGGGGAAAUCAUGUACGGCGGCCACAUCACGGAUGACUGGGACCGCCGGCUCUGCAGGACGUACCUGGCGGAGUACAUCCGGGCUGAGAUGCUGGAGGGAGAGAUCCUGCUGGCCCCGGGGUUUCAGAUACCCCCCAACCUGGAUUACAAGAGCUACCACGAAUACAUCGACGAGAACCUGCCCCCCGAGAGUCCCUACCUGUACGGCCUGCACCCCAACGCAGAGAUUGGCUUUUUGACGGUCACCUCAGAGAAGCUGUUCCGCACUGUCCUGGAAAUGCAGCCCAAAGAGACCGACUCGGGAGCAGGCACAGGAGUCUCUCGCGAGGAGAAGGUGAAGGCUGUGCUGGACGAGAUCCUAGAGAAGAUCCCGGAAACGUUCAACAUGGCCGAGAUCAUGGCGAAAGCAGCUGAAAAGACCCCCUACGUGGUAGUCGCCUUUCAAGAAUGUGAAAGAAUGAACAUCCUAACCAACGAAAUGCGCCGUUCACUGAAGGAGCUGAACCUGGGGCUGAAGGGGGAACUGACCAUCACGACCGACAUGGAAGACCUGUCCACGGCUUUGUUCUACGACACUGUGCCCGAUACGUGGGUGGCCCGGGCCUAUCCCUCCAUGAUGGGCCUAGCGGCCUGGUAUGCUGACCUGCUGCUCCGCAUCAGGGAGCUCGAGGCCUGGACAACAGACUUUGCCCUGCCCACCACCGUGUGGCUGGCCGGCUUCUUCAACCCCCAGUCCUUCCUCACCGCCAUCAUGCAGUCCAUGGCCAGGAAGAAUGAGUGGCCGCUGGACAAGAUGUGUCUGUCUGUGGAAGUGACCAAGAAGAACCGGGAGGACAUGACUGCUCCCCCCAGAGAGGGCUCCUAUGUGUACGGGCUCUUCAUGGAAGGAGCCCGCUGGGACACCCAGACCGGAGUCAUCGCUGAAGCUCGGCUAAAAGAGCUGACGCCAGCCAUGCCCGUCAUCUUCAUCAAGGCCAUUCCUGUGGACCGCAUGGAGACCAAGAACAUAUAUGAGUGUCCUGUGUACAAAACACGCAUCCGAGGCCCCACCUACGUCUGGACCUUUAACCUGAAGACCAAAGAGAAGGCAGCAAAGUGGAUCCUGGCAGCUGUGGCACUGCUCUUGCAGGUCUAGCUCGCUCCCUGGGUCCUGCCUCAAGGCCCAGGCUCCCCUGGGCCAGAUCCUACCACAGCUUCCAAUUUACAGUUAGAAACCCAGCUUUGCAAUUAUCACUUAUUUUUACAGGAACUCAUAGUUGCUUUUUGUUCUCCUAAAUCAUCA